AUGGUCAACUGCAGCAAAUGCGGCUAUAACAACAUGUCUGGUUCGCAGACGUGCGCGCAGUGCGGCGCAUCUCUCCCAGUUGUUGUCAGCAGGUCACUGGAGGAUCCUGGAAUGAUGGAAGGGUUUUUUAAUGAGGGCAGUAGGAAUCAGUAG